AUAGAUAUCUAUCUACCUGCCUGUCUAACCUGCCUGUCUAACCUGUGUGUGUGUCUCCAGAACCCAGUAACAGGCCUGUUGCCCUGCAGUGUCCAGCUGCCAGAUGCCUGGGUGCGUGACAAUGUCUACAGCAUCCUGGCGGUGUGGGGUCUGGGGAUGGCCUACAGGAAGAACGCUGACCGGGAUGAGGACAAGGCCAAGGCCUACGAACUGGAGCAGAGUGUUGUCAAGCUGAUGCAAGGGCUGCUCCAGUGUAUGAUGCGACAGGUGGCCAAGGUGGAGAAGUUUAAAUACACCCAAAGCCCCAAGGACUGUCUGCACGCCAAGUACCACACCCCCACCUGUGCUACCGUGGUGGGGGACGAUCAGUGGGGACACCUGCAGGUUGAUGCCACCUCUCUGUACCUGCUGGUUUUGGCUCAGAUGACUGCCUCAGGUCUUCGUAUCAUAUCAACCCUGCAUGAAGUAGCUUUUAUCCAGAACCUGGUCUUCUACAUUGAGGCUGCGUAUAAAGUUGCGGAUUAUGGGAUGUGGGAGCGAGGGGACAAGACCAAUCAGGGGAUCCCAGAACUGAACACCAGCUCUGUAGGAAUGGCCAAGGCUGCAUUGGAGGCCAUUGAUGAGCUGGACCUCUUUGGGGCUCAUGGAGGACCCAAAUCUGUCAUUCACGUUUUGCCGGACGAGGUGGAGCACUGCCAGGCGAUCCUGUGCUCCAUGCUGCCACGAGCCUCCACCUCUAAAGAGAUUGAUGCUGGUCUCCUGUCAAUCAUCUCCUUCCCUGCCUUCGCUGUGGAGGACGCAGACCUGGUCACCAUCACUAAGACUGAGAUCAUAUCCAGGCUACAGGGACGCUAUGGCUGCUGCCGGUUCAUCAGAGAUGGAUACAGAUGCCCGAGAGAGGACCCGUCCCGUCUCCACUACGACCCAGCUGAACUCAAACUGUUUGAGAAUAUAGAAUGUGAAUGGCCAGUGUUCUGGACCUACCUCAUUCUGGACGGCAUCUUCAGCGGAGACCUUGUACAGGUGCAGGAGUACAGAGAUGCUCUGGAAGAAGUCCUGAUCAGAGGGAAGCCCGGGAUCCGCCUGAUGCCUGAGCUCUACGCUGUCCCACCUGAAAAGAUGGAGGAAGAGUACAGGAACCCUCACUCCGUGGACAGAGUGGCUAUGGGUCAGUUACCUCACAUGUGGGGACAGUCCCUCUACAUUGUUAGCUCUCUGCUGGCUGAGGGAUUCCUCGCCCCUGGAGAGAUCGACCCUCUCAACAGGCGAUUCUCCACCAGUUUCAAGCCGGACGUAGUUGUACAAGUGUGUGUGUUAGCGGAGUCUAAGGAGAUCCAGGAGCUGCUGAAGAACGAUGAAAUAGAGGUCCAGACCAUCUCUGAGGUCCAGCCCAUCAGGGUCAUGCCUGCUCGUAUCCUCAGCCACGUCUACGUCAAACUGGGAAACUGCAAGAAGUUGAAUCUGAGCGGGAGGCCAUACAGGCACAUUGGAGUUCUGGGAACCUCGAAAUUCUACGAGAUCCGGAACCGCACCUACACAUUCACCCCUCAGUUCCUGGACCAGCAUCACUUCUACCUGGCUCUGGACAACCAGAUGAUAGUGGAGAUGCUAAGGACGGAGCUGUCCUAUCUCUCCUCCUCCUGGAGGAUGACCGGACGCCCUACCCUGACCUUCCCCAUCACACACAGCAUGCUGGUGGAUGAUGGUGAGAGCAUCGACCCGUGUAUUCUGUCCACUCUGAGGAAGCUGCACGAUGGAUACUUUGGAGGGGCAAGAGUUCAGAUGGCAAACAUCUCCAGCUUCCAGACUACCUCGUUUCACACAGAGCUCAGCUUCCUCGACGGAGACACUGAUGACGACCUGCUGGAGAAUGAAGAAGAUGAGGAAGACGAAGAAGAAAGUUAUGUCCCCUCAGGCAGCUCCAAGGACAUGUUUGACCACUACCUCAGCCAGCUGAUGCAGAGCACAGCCACCAAGUGUCAUCUCCCUCCCAUCCAGAGGGGGCAGCACCACAUGUUUAGUGCUGAACACACCACCAGAGACAUCCUCUCCUUCAUGGCCCAGGUCCAAGGCCUCAACAUGCCUAAGGCCUCCAUGUAUCUUCCUAUGACUCCCGUCAUGAACAAGCACCGUAAAUCCCUCAACCUUCUGCACGUGGCCCAGCUCACACCGCUCCAUCCACACCACCACACACCACAUCAACAGCAGCCCAAGCAGCCCAAGACCCCCAGUAUUGCAGACCUCCAGCUGCCGCGGGACUCCCAGGGUAACACAGACUUUGGGUCUCUGGUGAGACAGUUGAAGGAGUGUCCCACACUGCAGGACCAGGCAGACAUACUAUAUAUCCUCUGUGUGAUGAAAGGUGCUGAUUGGCUGGUGGACGUGGGGGGUCAGGGCGGGGUCAGUGUGAGGUGUCUCCUGGAGGAGCUGUAUGCCCAGGCUGGGGCCAACAAGGAGUGGGGUCUGAUCAGAUACAUCUCUGGUAUCCUGAGAAAGAGAGUGGAGGUGCUGGCCGAGGCCUGUACAGAUCUCAUCUCCCACCACAAGCAGCUGACAGUGGGGUUACCACCGGAGCCCAGGGAGAAAGUCAUCUCAGCUCCUCUUCCUCCAGAACAACUCAGCUCUCUGAUCUAUGAGGCCAGUGGGCAGGACAUCAGCAUCGCUGUGCUCACUCAGGAGAUCAUGGUGUACCUGGCCAUGUACGUCCGCUCCCAGCCGGCUCUGUUUGGGGACAUGCUGCGUCUCCGAAUCGGACUCAUCAUGCAGGUGAUGGCUACAGAGCUGGCCCGCAGUCUACACUGCUCAGGGGAGGAGGCCUCUGAGAGCCUGAUGAACUUGAGUCCAUCAGACAUGAAGAACCUGCUACACCACAUCCUCAGUGGGAAGGAGUUUGGGGUGGAGAGGAGCAUGCGUCCUAUGCAGUCCUCAGCCACCAGCCCGGCUGUCUCCAUACAUGAGCUGGGUCACACUGGAGCCACUAAGACGGAGCGCACCGGCAUCCGCAAGCUGAAGCGUGAGAUCAAACAGUUGGAUGACUCGUCUCGUCCGAUCAGCAUGAGUAACAGUGGUUAUUCCAUCAGCAGCAACGUCACCUCUCCCCGUUCCACGCGUUGCAGCAGCCCCUCCACCCCCAGUGGUAUCCUGUCCCCUGUUGGCCCCGGGGGGUCAGACAGCCACCUGCAGUGGGAGGAGCGGCAGGGCCAGUGGCUGAGGAGGAGACGGCUGGAUGGGGCCAUCAACAGGGUCCCAAUGGGCUUCUACCAGAAGGUGUGGAAGAUCCUGCAGAAGUGCCACGGCCUGUCAAUAGAUGGAUAUGUGCUGCCUUCCUCCACUACCAGAGAGAUGACAGAGGGUGAGAUCAAGUUUGCGGUGCACGUGGAGUCUGUUCUGAACCACGUCCCCCAGCCAGAGUACAGACAGCUGCUGGUGGAGGCUGUGAUGGUACUGACUCUGGUGGCUGAAAUGGAUGUGGACAACAUCGGAGGAAUCAUCCUGAUAGACCGCAUCGUACACAUGGCCAAUGACCUCUUCUUACAGGACCAGAGGACCCAUGGAGCCAAUGAGUACUUCCUGGAGAAGGAUCCAGCCACGGGGAUAUGUCACUUCUUCUAUGACAGCGCCCCUAGUGGCAGCUACGGUACCAUGACCUACCUCUCCAAGGCUGUGGUCACAUACCUACAAGACUUCCUGCCACAGUCCACCUGUCUCAUGCAAUGACGUAUCAGACUGGGUUUGAUGUAGAGCUCUCUCCCUGGCCUCGCAGGCAGCUAUCAAGAGAGUCUAGUCAAGUAAUAUAUGAUAGUGUGGAACGAAAUAUUACUGCCUAGUUCCGAUUCUCCACAAUUGUACGCUUGUUCACUCCCAUUCAAGGAUGAUUUAAUCAUUGGAUUGAAUUCUUGAAGUGAGUGAGUGCACACUUCAGAGAGAAGGGGGAGAACUAGACUUAGGUAGGAAGUUGGAUGGGGAUUGACCUAUGACCUAUGACUAAGAUAUUCACAACACACACUCUACUCAAAGGAGUGUUAUUGCAGCUAAUUGAUUGAUUAUAAUCAAUAAUAUAGCAGGUUUAAAAUGAAAUAUAUGUUUGUUUUUUAUUUUAAGCGUUGGACUACACGCAGUACUAAAAUUAUUUAUUAUUUUAAUUUUAACAUUUAAUAUAUAUGUGCAAAUCAGAUCUAGUUGUUUAAAACAAUCUAAUAUGAUAUAAUGCCUGUAUUUUGCCUAACCCUCCUCUAUUGUAUCAGUGUCUCACCCUGUCUUGUGGGAAUAUGACCAUAUCCAGGAGUUCCUAUGUUGUCCCGUGUUGAAGUACUGCAGCUGCCCGUGUACCUUUAAUACCACUGUAAAAUGUACCUCUCGUGUUAUCUCAAGGGUUGCUCACCAUCACCACUGUAUGUGUCACAAAUACUGUACAUUUAUCCAUAUGUACCCGGAGCAUGUCAGCAAGGCCUUCAUAGCUGCUAAUGUGAAUGUGUGCUUAUCUGUGAAGUGAAAUAAUGGCAAUGUGAUUAUAUAUAAACAUGGUUGAAUCAGUCCAACAGCGGUUCAUCCCAUAUUCAGCCUUUAGCCGUAUACAUCCUGUACAACAGGGUGUGUUAGACAUUAGCAUCCCAGCCGUAUACAUCCUGUACAACAGAGUGUUAGACAUUAGCAUCCCAGCCGUAUACAUCCUGUACAACAGAGUGUGUUAGACAUUAGCAUCCCAGCCGUAUACAUUCUGUACAACAGAGUGUGUUAGACAUUAGCAUCCCAGCCGUAUACAUCCUGUACAACAGAGUGUGUUAGACAUUAGCAUCCUAGCCGUAUACAUUCUGUACAACAGAGUGUGUUAGACAUUAGCAUCCCAGCCGUAUACAUUCUGUACAACAGAGUGUGUUAGACAUUAGCAUCCCAGCCGUAUACAUCCUGUACAACAGAGUGUGUUAGACAUUAGCAUCCUAGCCGUAUACAUCCUGUACAACAGAGUGUGUUAGACAUUAGCAUCCCAGCCGUAUACAUCCUGUACAACAGAGUGUUAGACAUUAGCAUCCCAGCCGUAUACAUCCUGUACAACAGAGUGUGUUAGACAUUAGCAUCCCAGCCGUAUACAUCCUGUACAACAGAGUGUGUUAGACAUUAGCAUCCUAGCCGUAUACAUCCUGUACAACAGAGUGUGUUAGACAUUAGCAUCCCAGCCGUAUACAUUCUGUACAACAGAGUGUGUUAGACAUUAGCAUCCUAGCCGUAUACAUCCUGUACAACAGAGUGUGUUAGACAUUAGCAUCCCAGCCGUAUACAUCCUGUACAACAGAGUGUGUUAGACAUUAGCAUCCCAGCCGUAUACAUCCUGUACAACAGAGUGUGUUAGACAUUAGCAUCCCAGCCGUAUACAUCCUGUACAACAGAGUGUGUUAGACAUUAGCAUCCCAGCCGUAUACAUUCUGUACAACAGAGUGUGUUAGACAUUAGCAUCCCAGCCGUAUACAUCCUGUACAACAGAGUGUGUUAGACAUUAGCAUCCCAGCCGUAUACAUUCUGUACAACAGAGUGUGUUAGACAUUAGCAUCCCAGCCGUAUACAUCCUGUACAACAGAGUGUGUUAGACAUUAGCAUCCCAGCCGUAUACAUUCUGUACAACAGAGUGUGUUAGACAUUAGCAUCCUAGCCGUAUACAUCCUGUACAACAGAGUGUGUUAGACAUUAGCAUCCUAGUAGUUAGCAUCCUUAUAGUUGAGACCACAAGGAAAGGGAGAAUCUGUUCUGCAGUUAAGGACGACUGAAACUGUUCUGUUUUUGUGUCUAACUUUAUUUUAUAUAUAUUAAAAAGAGUACAUUUCCAUAGAGACUAUAAAUAUAGUGGAUACAUAGAAAUAAUUUAUUUUUUAAAAAGUACUAUGACCGUUUAUAUAACAGACUAAAUUACAAUUAAUAUUGUCACUUUAAUCAAUUAAUACUGUCACUUUAAAUUACAUUUGAUAUUCCUGGCCAUGAAAUGACCAUGUUAUAAGUCUGCAGUUGAGAACAUUUUGACACGUGGACCAAGUUGAGGACAUUUUGACACGUGGACCAAGUUGAGGACAUUUUGAGGGGAUCAAUUCUAUAAAUCUAUUAGAACAGUGUCUGACACCAUGGUUUCACUCAUUCAUUCACACUACCUUGUAAAACAACAUGUAAUCAUUUGAAGGAAAUAUAUUUAAAUGCAAUCAAUUAAAUCCCUAAACUAAUAA